CUCGCUCUCUCCGCCCGCUCUCUUCGUCUCUCUCUCUCUCUCUCUCCCUGCCGGCCGCUUCCCGGCCCGCUCGGCGGCAGCAGCAGUGUGCAGUGCUCAAGUGCCGGCCGAACCGAACCGAACCAAAGGAACCAAAAGCCAAGGCGUUCGGUCUGUCAGUGCAGCAAAGCGAAGCCGCCGCCUCCGUCGGUGCCGCCGCCGCCGUCGCCGCCGCUGCCGCCGCGAACUCGCUCGAAACGAACGCUCGCACCACACUCACUCACUCACGGCUCCAUUCCAGGGUGAUGCGAGCGGCUUAGCCCGGCGGCGUGGCAGCGACAUGUACCCUUGGUACCGGGACGCCGGACAACUCGGACAGUUCAACCCGCAGGCCAUGCCGGCCGCCAUCAAGACCGAGAGCGGCUACAACGACUGCAUGCUCGCCCUCGACUACGCCGCCCAGUCAAAGAAAGCGGCGUUCGUGUGGUCGUCGCCGCCGCCUGCCUCGGAGGUCAGCUCUGCGCACGGGGGUGGCAAGGGCGGUGGCGUGGUGGCCGGGGGCACGCCGCCGGGGGCGGCCACCCCCGGCUCGGCGCAAGGCCUCGUGCACUGGAUGAGCGUCAUGGCCGAGCACAUGAAUAAUCCGCACACGCACGACGUCCACUACAUGUGGAACAACGUCGAGCGGCCGUAUCAGCCCAACAAGAUGGGGCAACAGGACUGGAACCGCACGCCUUCCAAAUAUUUGCUCGAGGCGAAAAUGAGUUCGGCCGAGCAGCACAACUCGAUGCAGAAAGAGCAAUUUUAUUCGCAAAGCUGCAACUGGAGGAGUCAAAAGCCGAUCAUAAUUGCAGGGUUGGACGACGGCCAGCAGCAGCAGGGCAUGUACGCGGGCGCCGGCGCCACGCCGCGUUCCACCAGCAGCACGUCGUCGUCGCCGCCGAUCGUCGGCGCCGCCGCAGGUACGACCCUUCCGGCGCAGCUGCAAGGUGCCGUCCCCAACGGACGCAAAUACUCGUGCAAGAUGUGCCCCACGGGACGAGGACGGAAGCGGGCCAAGUUCUACGGCAACCGCGACGGCAACCUGUGGCCCAUCGACGGCUCGGCCGAGAUGUUCGGGUCGAAGGCGGAGCUGCAACUGCACUCGCAACUGCACAUGCGCGAGGCGAAGCCGUACAAGUGCUCGCAGUGCACGAAGGCGUUCGCGAACAGCUCGUACCUGUCGCAGCACACGCGGAUCCACCUGGGCAUCAAGCCGUACCGCUGCGAGAUCUGCCAGCGCAAGUUCACGCAGUUGUCGCACCUGCAGCAGCACAUCCGCACGCACACGGGCGACAAGCCGUACAAGUGCCGGCACGUCGGCUGCAACAAGGCCUUCUCGCAGCUGAGCAAUUUGCAGUCGCACUCGCGCUGCCACCAGACGGACAAGCCGUACAAGUGCAACUCGUGCUACAAGUGCUUCACGGACGAGCCGUCGCUGCUCGAGCACAUCCCCAAGCACAAGGAGUCCAAGCACCUCAAGACGCACAUCUGCCAGUACUGCGGCAAGUCGUACACGCAGGAGACCUACCUCAGCAAGCACAUGCAGAAGCACGCCGAGCGGCAGGACAAGCGGCCGCCCAUCGCCAACAGCCUCCAGCCGCAGGGCCAGCCGCAAGGCCAGCAGCAGCAGCAGCAGCAACAGCAGCAGCAGCAGCAGCAGCGCCACUCGCCCGCCUCGGACCACGCCCCCCAGCCGACCGACUACUGGGCCAAGGAGGCCGGCCUGCACGAGACGACGGCCGGCACGCCCACCUGCAACGACCUCCAGUCGCAGCAGGGGGGCUACGAGCCGGCCAAGACGACCUCUGCGUUCACGCCGAUCCAGGCGUCGUCGAUGCUGCCGCUGACGUCGGCCGCGGUCGCGUCCAACCACCUGAUGGCGCCGCCGUCGGCCUCGAGGGGCUACCACCUGGCCUACGACUCGCCCCUGUCGUUCCCCAAGGCGAACCAGCUGGGCGCGGCGCCGCCCACCCCCGCCUCGGUCGCCUCCUUCCCCAACCAACUGAUCUCGCUGUCGCAAAUCCGCAACUACCAGCCCGCCGGCGCCGACCACCUGCACGGCCUCAAGGACAAGUAGCUGCCUCCGGCCCCCAGCCCCCUCAAGCCCCCCGCCCCGCCCCCUCCAACCCCCCCGAUUGCGUGGUGACUGAAUAUAGUGUGUGUCUUCGGACGCGGUGCCGAAGCGAAAAUCUCUUUUAACUCGUGCGUAGACAGGCUGCCGAGCGAGCGAGCGUCGGUUCGAUUCGAUCCGAUCCGAUUCGACCUCCGGCCAGCAAGACACUUAUUACACAGUGUGUAUAGUUCUCCAUUUUUUCCCGUGUUGUCCGCAGAUUUAAUUAUUACGCGUAUUUUUAGUUUCUAUCUCGAUCGAUGUAUCAUUUUUUGUGCUGCUGCUGUUGUACACACAGAACACACACACACACGCAGACACGUGUAGAGGCAAGAGACACACGUUUUUAUCGCUUGAGCGCGGUUCAGUUGUGACAAAGACUGCAUUUCACUGCACGACAUUCAUUACGGCCCCCCCUCCCCACUCUCCUGGCUCCCCCUGACCUCACCCCUCCCCUCACCCCCUGAGGACCAUUCACACUCGAUUUUGUACUUACUCGUUUCGUUUCGACGGCAACUUUCGACUCUUUCGGUGUGUUUCGAGAAAAUACAGGGAAUUCUGAAUGUGUCUCGCUCUUUCGCUCUCUGUCGACAAAAGAAUGAAUUUACUAAAAGUGUUUUCCGCUCAACGGCCAUUUUCCGGUUAUCCAUGUGUCGAUAUAUUGUGAGAAAAUACAUUUAAAUUCGAUGUGCUUUUCGGCCGAUUUCGACUUGGAAAAAAGAAUGUGCUCUCUCUCUCUCUUUCUCUCUCUCACUCACACACUCUCUUCUCGCUGCCCGAUCCUCCUUUCUUUGUUUCCUCACUCGCUCUAAGUGUCUAAUACGCAAUAUAGACGGAAAAAGGGAGGAAUUAAGAAGCCGGCACGCUCACACUCAUUACACUUUCAACGCCGGCCCGCGCCUUCCUCCCGCAAGUGACGGCCGAUUCACCCCCUCCCGCCACGCCCCCUUUUUGCAUUUCCCGCCCGCCCGCCCGCCCGCCACUGGAAUAAAUAAAUAAUGCGCGGUAUGUUUUAUUUACCGCGCGCGUCAUUUUCUUUGCGAUUAUUGGCCGCGAAUCGUCCGUCACUGCGCUGUGUUUUUUUUUUCAUUUUUUUUCUCCCUUUUUCGGCCGCCGUCCUCAUUCGCGAGCUCAAAUUUGGAUCGAUUUCAAUAAAGACAGGAAAACAAAGCAACCCACAAACAAACAUACAAACAAACACUCACACGUACGGCUAAGAUUGUAAGUUUUAAUACAUGAUUUUUGAUUUGAAACACACACACACACACACACACACAAACUGUUAGAAUUAUUACGAAUUUGUGAACAAUUAUUAUUGCGAUAUUGUAACAAGAAAUGUUAAUGUUAUUAUGCGAUAAACAAUAAAAAAACACAUUUUGAAAUAACGCA